UUCGAGGUACGGUUUAGUGAUUUGAAGAACUUCCAAAACGCAGCGUUUAACGCCUUAGGGUUUUUUCGUGGGUUUUAGUUUUGCCUUAUUCUCUCUCUCUUCUCUAUUCCUCUUCUCCAAGGAAUCUGGGAAAAAAAAAUCAAAGCUAUUUUUUCUCCCCUUCGUCGCUCAUCUCAUCUUCUCCAAAGUCUUCGAUCGAUCUAAAUCUAAUAUCUUCGUAGAUUCAGAAGAAAGCUAGAAAUGGGCGAGGCAGAGAAUCUCUGGGUUGCUUCAGAGAUCCCCUCGUCGACAACGACAAAAGCCCUUGAUUUCCCGACCAAAGACUCGACCACCGGGUUCGAAACCCAAACGCUUCCCCUGCCUCAUCUGGAAAAGGGCUCGCCGGAGGAUAAGCUAGGUUUGACGGAAAGGGUUUUCUCCGCCGCGGGAGCUGCGUUUUUGUCCGCCGUUAUCCUAAAUCCUCUCGACGUCGUCAAGACUCGAUUGCAAGCUCAAGCCGCUGGGGUUUCUUACUCUCACCCUCUCAGUUACGACAUUGGUCGCAUGGCGUUCUUCGGACCCAACAUGAUGUUUGCAGACUUGAGAUGCUCUCCUUCGUGUGCACGCGCUGGUGUUCAGGGUACUGUCUCCAUUUGCCCUCCUGAUUGUUUUCAGUACAAAGGAACGUUUGAUGUCUUCACCAAGAUCAUACGUCAGGAGGGGAUGGGACGCCUGUGGAGAGGGACUAACGCUGGUCUUGCCCUAGCUGUGCCUAUGGUUGGGAUAUAUCUCCCGUUCUAUGAUAUGUUUCGCAAUAAGCUGGAAGAUUUAUCUCGGGAGAAUGCGCCUGCCACGAGGAUAUUUGUGCCUCUUGUGGCAGGAGCAUUGGCGAGAUCCUUAGCUUGUACAGUUUGCUAUCCUAUUGAACUUGCAAGGACCCGUAUGCAGGCAUUCAAAGAAGCGAAAGCCGGUAUGAAGCCUCCGGGAGUUGUUAAAACACUGGUUGGUGUAGUCUCUGAAGUCAGGACUGUUAAUAACCUUGAAAAUAGUUUGCAUAACUAUCGUGUUCUGUGGAGAGGCUUGGGUGCACAGCUUGCACGUGAUGUUCCAUUCUCCGCAAUCUGCUGGGCGACUCUAGAGCCAAUGAGGAGGAGGCUUCUUGGAAUCGUGGGAAACGAUACAAACGCUCUAGGUAUCCUCGGUGCAAACUUCUCCGCUGGUUUUGUAGCUGGAAGUAUUGCUGCUGCUACUACAUGUCCUUUUGACGUUGCAAAAACAAGAAGACAGAUUGAGAAGGACCCUUAUAGGGCAAUGAGGAUGACGACAAGACAGACACUCAUAGAGGUUUGGAGGGAUGGAGGGAUGAGAGGACUGUUCACGGGAAUAGGUCCAAGGGUGGCACGUGCUGGACCAUCCGUUGGGAUAGUGGUUUCUUUCUACGAAGUGGUCAAGUAUGCUCUGCAUCGCCAAUACGCUUCAUCAUGACCCCAACAGGAAUAACUAAUCACCUACGCAUAUUGAAAUGUGGAUACGGCUUUAGGUUAUAGCUUCUUCAACUCAACGUAAUAAAGUUAAACAGGCUCAGUCCUCCACUAACACUUGUUUACUUUGAGCCAAAAAUUUUGUUCAGUUGAUUAAUUACCGGUGGUUAAAUACGGUCUUUGUCGGGUUUUGGUAGUCAAUUUGAAGUGUGAAUC